AUGGAGGAGCGGGACAGAAGCCGCUCCCCGUCCCGCAGGACCAGUCGGGUGGAGCAGGUGGUGGGGCGAUGGCUACGACGCUCCAGGGAUUCCAGCAGCAGAGAGCGUAUCCUGGUAGAUGGGAAGGCGGCUGCGGGGGGAGAGUCUAGCGUUCAGGACCAGAAGAACAGCUACCCGGUUAGACUGACCAUCCAGAUCCUACGAGACCCCCUCCUCAACACUCAUGGAAUCACCCUGACACCUCAGACACCCAUACUGGUGCAGGACAUCACCCCAGCGGGGCCGGCUGAUGGAAGGCUCAUCCCUGGCGACCAGGUCGUAAAGAUCAACAAUGUUGCCGUCGACGACCUUACCCCAGAGCAAGCGGCUGACCUCAUCAGGGAGUGUCAGCACUCUGUGAUGAUAACGGUCCUCAGAAACUCAGCGGGACCCAAGUCUUCCUUCAUCACCCCAGAGAAGAGAGCUAAACUCCGGUCCAACCCGGUCAAAGUUCGCUUUGCUGAGGAGGUUGAGGUCAAUAGUCACUCUCAGGGCAACUCGCUGCUCUUCCUCCCCAACGUUCUAAAGGUGUAUCUGGAGAACGGACAGACCAAGGCCUUCAAGUUUGAACCCAACACCACUGUCAAGGUAACUAAUAUCAUACACAUACUACACUAUCGUAUUAUAAGUAUAAUCCUGAUGAUACUACUAAUAUAAUAGACAGACCAAACCCAACACCGUUGUCAAGGUAACUUUAUUUUACUGAUACCA